AUGAGCAAGGUUAGUAAGGCUAAGCAGGAUGUUGGAUUGAAAGUCAAAUCGGCUUUGGAGGUUGUUGUGGACAUGGACAAAUCUCUUAAGGUAGAUUUGAGGACUGUGAGAGAUAAGAUUAAAAGUGAGAUAGGGAGGGUGAUUAGGGAUUUGGGAGUUUUGACGUUGAAUGAGAAAGUGAAGAAUGAUUUGGAGACGUUGAAGGAGAGGAUUAGUAGGCUUGCAAAUGGUAUGGAACAAGAUGACCCUAAGAAUGCCCUUGUUAAAGAAGCCUUGGAAAAGCUUGGGAAUGCGAAAACGCCACUGCAUAGUCUUGCUGGUCAUAAAAGUGCUACGAUUCAGACAAAGUUGACGGAGAUGGAUGGAUUGUUUGAGACGCAUAUCAGGGAUAAGCUUCAAACAGCGGUCACUGCAGUUGGCACGGCGAUUGGGGAGCUUGGAGAGAAUUUUGAUAAAAGUACUAAUAUUAGCGGUAUUAUUGAAAAUAUUAAAAAUAAGGUUGGGGAGAUUAAGGGGAAGGGAGGUCAAAAGAAAAAUGGGAAAUGGGAAAAUAACUCAGGCCUAGAUGGGAUUGUUGAGAGAGUGAAGGAUCUUGCUAAUGCGUUUGUUAAUAGUGGGUACGGGAAAGGGCUUAAUGCUAGAGUAGGCGGUUGGGUGGAAGGUGUGAUAGGAAACGGGAAGCAGCCAAGGGAAAAUGGUUAUAAGCCCGGCAUGAAAGCCGUGACGUCUUGGCUUCAGGCGUAUCAGAAUGCGACUACGAGGGGAGGGCAUAGGGAAAGCGAUUUUAAAGAUCAAGUUAAGAACAAGAUUAUGCAACAGGCACAAAUCUCACAAGCCAUUGCUGCAGCUCAGCUGAAGUUUAAUGAUGUAAGGGGGAGAAAUGACCAAUCUAAAAUUACCGGAAAUCUUAAGGCAAUCGUCGACGCUUGCGAGGAGUUUGUCGAAGAGCUUGAUAAGCAGAUUUCUAAAUCGGGAAUUGACACGCCUGUCAAUAACAUAGCCGGAGGUAUUCAGCAUUGGAUGCAGGGGCUGGUUCUUUGGAAGCAUGGGUUCACCGACUCCGAUCUCAAGUCUGCCGUACGCUUCACCCUCGUUGCGCUCUGCGCUUCUGUGAGGCAGGUUGGCAAUGAGAUAAAUUCACUAGGUACCGACAAGUUUGGCAACAUCCUGGACGAAAUAAAGCCGACGGUUGAUCAUCUUGAUGCUGCGCUUAAAAAUGCGACACAGAAGCCCAGACCCAGCCAAGGUACUGGCCAAAAGGAUAGCCCCGCCAAGGUUGUGGACACUAAGUUGGAGGCGGUGAGGGAUUUCGUGAGUGAAGAUAAGCUUACUCAAAACUUUAAAGAUAACGUCAUAAAAGAACUGAAAACUCAGGUUGACAAUCUUCCCACCGCCGUUAAAGAGUUCGACGAGAAAGCUCAAGAACAGAUCAGGGAAGCCGCCAAGACGGCGAUUGAGAAGGCGGCUGAGCAGAUUAGUGAGGGUGAUAUAAUAACACUUAGUGAAGGUGGCCUAAUGUCUGAUUUCGAAAAGGCCCACAAGCUGAUCAGAGAGAAGCUCGACGGAGACCUUAAGAAGCCAGUUGAUGACAACAUUGGGAAGGAUGAUCCGCCGGGUGGUCAAGCAGAUAAAGUCACGCUUGCUAAUGGAAGUUUUACGACUUACAAUGAUCACGUUAAACAAGACAAAGUUGUGACUGGUACCCUAACCGGCAUUAAAGACGAAGGCGCACUUUCAGAGGCGAUCGGGAACAUCAAGGCUCAGGUGUACGAUACUUUGAAAAUGAUCGAUCCACAUUAUAGUGCCAGUGUUGGUAUCAGAGACAAAAUUGACGAUAAAACAUUUACCGGUCCGUUCGAAAAUAUUAAGACAGAGCUUGACGAGAUCAAGAAAUUGGUUGAUAGUAAGGGGGGAAGCAAAUACCUUGGUGAUUAUAACGAAAACAAAAAAGGAGUUAAAACGUUGUUGACAGACUUACAAAAUGCGCUUAGUAAACCAACGUGGGAAUUCGACAGUAAACAAUACAAUGGCCUUGAUGCAAUCAGGGAGGCGAUUCACAACCUGAAAACAGGGAAGUAUGAUAAAAGCAGCAGUGAAAUCGACUCAGCCGUCAAAGCAAUUAAGACGCAGCUUGGAGAGCUUAGAGGGAAGUUGAAGAAAGACGGUGAUAGUGAUAAAACUGCCGUUGUCAACGCUUUGCAAGAUUUGAAAGAGAAGGGGCUUGGUGGCCAUUGGACGGACAAUAAUAAUGGAGAUUGGAAAGGUACAAAAGGUUUAACAGCAAUACAACACCGACUUGAAAUUCAAAAUGCUGAAUUGCCCAGACAAACCAAACAAAUAACCAAAGCAAUUGUCAACAUUAAAUGGGAGCUUGCAAAAGUCGGACUCAAGUUUCAAAAUAUAUUCACCGACAAUGUCAUCUUUGACCGGUUGGAAAAACUGAAAGAGAAGAUUGGUCAAGGUAAAAAAAAUGGUGACCACCUUCAAGGAAUUCAUGACGUGAUUAGUCAGCUGCAAAAGGCGCAAUUUACUGAUCAUCCCAAUCAAAUCGGCAGCGCAAAGGACCAAAUUGCAAGUGAACUUAAUACCCUCAGAACUACGCUGGAAAGCAAAAACGGGGAGGAUGUCAUUACCACGCUGACCGAUUUACAGACCAAGGGGCUGAGUGACAAUCGGUGGGAUGAGAAAAAUGUAAAUGGUUUUCAAAAAAUCCAAAAUGAUCUUAACACUCAACAAAGGACGUUGACCACACAGCCCGAACAAAUUAACCAAGGCGUCAACCAGAUCACCAGGGAGCUUGACGAUCUCCAGAAGCAGUUGCAGGGUGAGCAAGGCGGUGAGCCACAAAAAAGAGGCGUGAUAAGGAAUAUGGAUUUUAUCAUCAAAGAGAUAAGUAAAGACUCUGAGUCGCAUGGGCUUCAUAAAAUCACAAAGGACAUUGAAGAGCUCAACAAGCAAACAGUCCCGGACGUCGACAAAUAUCUCGCCGCACUUUGCAGUGUAAUUUCAAACAAUGCCGCACGCGGCGAGUGGCAACUCGAACACUUCAAAAACGAUAACAUCGACAAAGCACUCGAAAAAAUCAAGAGUGACAUCCACACCCUCUCCACCGGUGACCUCCACGAGGCCAUCGAGGCGUGCGACCAGUUCCUCAGAGACGCCGACGAAAUAGAGAGGAACACUGUGAGAUCCCUCUAG